AUGCUCCCUCGCCCAUCGACUUCCUGUCGAAGGCUCAAACAUCUCACAACAUCCUUUGAAUGUGUAUGGGUCUCUGAGGAGGAUCUUUGCAAUGCAUUCCAACGCUUCUGCGGUGCCUCGAAUACAAUACGUCGACAUGGAAGCUCAGUGCCUGGCCCGUUGGAAAGCAGAAGAAGAUUGGGGAGGAGAAGAAUGGCAUAUGCCACAGAGAUGACACAGGGUUCAAUGUACGAUCCGGGGGCUUUGUGGUGCUCAUCAUGGGGGCCAGAGAAGAUUGAAUCGCAGUGGGAGGCUCCAACACCUCGAAUCACGGAACAAUCAAAGCAUCCGCCAGCUUUACCAUCUUGGUUGACCAAUUGGACUCCUAUGCCCGAAGAACCUGCGGACGUUUCUAUGGAGCCUGUAAUUGCGGAAGACUCGAGCGAGAAAGGCUAUGAUAUCUUGCGACAGGAAAGGCAUAUCCAAGACCAUUUUCACGAUUUUGAAAUGGCAGUAGAGCUAAAUCAUCGAGAAUCUAAUGAGUUGAAAGCGGACUGGAAUACGGAAAAGAAGAAGGGUCGGCAUCAACAGUUGAUUGGACCGAAGAAAGCUUUAAAGCUUUGCAUAUCGUUUGGUAAAAGACUCCAGCAGAGUCUUACUCUUGGGCUAGUUACUAGCGAUCUGCUGUCUAACUCACUUCGAACUGUUACAAAUGUUCUCGUGGAUAUUCAUAGCGGCUCUUACUCCAACGCUAAAGGUUGUAGCAGACAAAGUCCCAAGACGGAAGAUUUUUUUUGUGGAGGAGAUGCUGAUGCAGCUAAAAAACUGCUUGCUUUCUAUAGACAAGUCUGGGAUGGCAUUGUGUCUUGUAAAGUUCUCACGCCCGCCGAUUUUGAUUCGGAAGUCAUAGCAGAAUAUUUGUCGUUGAUUGCAGAUCUCCCAAGCACCAAUGAAACACAACUUCUGGUUUCUGAAAUACUUCCUUCGUUAUCCGCAGUUCAAUUGGGUAGUAAUGUAGACAAUAUUUUGUCUAUAUUCAAUAAGUGGUCAUUAAGCUGGCUCCGAAAAAUGACUGCUCCAACAAAUAGAAACAAAUUCUUGACGGAAUCAGAGACAUCUUUGAUAUCCUCACAACGAAGUAUUAACCACCUCCGAAUGCUAAUGUGGUCCAAUCGAGGCAAGGAAACGCCUGAGCUGUUGAAACGCGUUCGAGAAAUCCUAAUUCAAGCAUCUACGAAUCUUUCCACUGCCAGCACAGAAUUGUGGUCUGCGGAAAACAUGUUUUUGCCUCAAAGGCACUCCAUUGAUGUGAUGAGCCGAACUCUUAACAAUUUACCUAACGAGAUAACUUCUGUUCUGAUCAGAUCUCAUUCGGGUGUCAUCUGUUCUACAACUUUCUGGGACCAGAAGAGUGUAUCGGGGCUCAAAGACUACCUUGCUCAAUCCCACAGGACACGAUUAAAUUGGCUUUCUGUGCUUUCCAGAUUGAAAAACAUCGACAGUUCAAUGUUCACAGAGGCAUUCAAAUUAUUGCAGCAACAAGAUCUCAGCCCGUUCAAUCUGGACACCAAGGAAUAUACUUUGACAUGGCGCCAGAUGUCUGAGCUUGUUCUAACUCGUUGGGCUAGUCAGGGCGCUUUAACAAACAGCAGCGUAGUCAUCGACACCUUCAAGAUCAAGACCCUUCAUUCUCCCUCAUCCUUUGGGUGGCUUCUGUGGACUUUAAAAGAGUACGGACAGUUGAGCGACGAGAAGAUACAAGAUCUAUUUGGUUUUCUCCGAGAUAUACAAGCGUUCGGCCACAUACACGCAGUGCUAAGGCAGUCAAAAAUGUUCAACUUGCGGAUAAAUUCCAAAGUCCUAGCAGACCUCAUCAACACAACGACUCUCGUAGAUCUUCAAGCUGCGUAUAAUAUAUACAUGCAACAUUGCAUAGGUGAGAUCGAGCCUGAGAAGUGUGCGCCUUUGUUUGCUACAAUGGUAUAUCACGGAAGCGAGGGAAUCUGGGCCGCAUUGGAUGCUCCAAUAUACGCAGCAAUGCCAAAGUGGAGACGAAAAGCCCCAUCACCAGAGAUUCUUUCACAAGCACGAAUUCAACUUAUACAUGAAAUGGCAACAGCGUUUGCACAUCAAAAUAUCGAGCAUCCCAGACAAGCUCUUCGUAAUGUGACACAAUGUUGGCACUAUCUUCGUGCGCAUAAGGUUAAACCGGCGUCGGAAAUCUCAAGGGCGAUUACACAGGUGGGCAUCAUUGCGGAUGUGAGGAAUGAAAAGUGGGGUCGAACAGAAAGAGUGAGAUGGGUUCUGGAUGUUAUUGAAGAGGCGGAAGGCCCAGAGGUUGCGGAUGCAGUGAGAAAGGCGGUGGCUAAAUGGAGGCAAAAACUAAAAAUCAGACUUGAGAAGAAGAAAGAAGGCUAUAUUGAGUAG